GGCGGAGCAGAAUUCGGGUCCACAGAAACAGGACCGGGUGGACUCGGUGGGGUGGAGUGGAGCGCUCCGGUGGGUGGGAUAUGGCGGAGAUGGUUGGUUUUGGGUGUCCAGAUAGGUCUGGCGUGAGCGAGACAGGACGCAGGUGGGCAAAGUGUGGCGGGGGAGGGCUCAGGUGGAUGAUGUGGGGCGAGGGUGAGUAGAGGCGGUCGCGGGUAGGUGAGGCAGGAUCGGGUAAGUAGAAGGUAGGCGGGAUUGGUGGCGUGGCUCUGCUUCUGGAGCGGGGCACCUAGCUGUCACCGCUAUGGCCGCAGCUUCUAGAGUAGCCAGUGUCUGCUAGCUCCUCCCGUGGGCUCAAGGUGCUCUGCUCCGCGGGAGGCGGGGCUGCGAGGCUCCCGGUGCUGCUCGAGGCUCUGCGUGCCCUGCCCGUAGACGGGUGGCAGCGCAGCCCAGGGGAUCGUCUCGUUGUGGUGUCCUCCACAAGCCGGGACGAUGGUAGACGUGCUGAGCGGGCGGCGCCUGGUGACCCGCGAGGGCGAGGUGGUGGAGGCGGAGGCGGCGCUGCAGAACAAGGUGGUAGCUCUGUACUUCGCUGCGGGUCGAUGCGCGCCCAGCCGCGACUUCACGCCGCUGCUCUGCGACUUCUACACGGAGCUGGUGAGCGAGGCGCGGCGGCCCGCGCCCUUCGAGGUGGUGUUCGUGUCGGCGGACCGCAGCGCGGAGGAGAUGCUGGACUUCAUGCGCGAGCUGCACGGCGCCUGGCUGGCACUGCCCUUCCACGACCCCUACAGGCAUGAACUGAAGAAGAGGUACGACAUCACAGUCAUCCCCAAGCUCGUGGUUAUCAAGCAGAAUGGAGCUGUCAUCACCAACAAGGGGCGGAAGCAGAUCCGGGAGCGCGGGCUGGCUUGCUUUCAGAACUGGGUGGAGGCAGCCGAUGUUUUCCAGAACUUCUUGGGGUGAAUCUGGAGGGCCCAGGGCAGGUGGUUGCUGCAAGUGCAGGGCAGACACCUUCAAAAAGGGGCUACUGAUUUUCUUCUCCGUUGGGGGAUUUCACAGUAGAGGCACGGCAGUAGGGCAGAGGGCAGAAACUUCGCAGGAAAGAACCACACCACCGUCCUGCUGUGGGUCCCAGGGUUCCUUCUGAACCAACUUACAUUUUCUUCUAUCUUUGCCCACCUGUGCUGAGGCUCCAGGCCACACCAACAGUGUGCUAUCAGAGAUCUAUGCAAGAUGCCCAUUCCUGCAGGUUGUUUUGGUAAAUUGAUCUAUGAGGUGAUGUGCUUCCUGAUGAUCUAUCACAUUUUAGUGAUGCUUUGGUAGGCAUAUUAAUCAAGUCUGCAGAAUGUGUAGUUUAAUAAACCAACAUUCAUGCCUUGA